CUUACUCUAUCUCAAAGCUUUAGGCGGUGUCGUUUUGGCUCCGAGAACAUAGCCUUCUACUUUUUGUUUAGCGGAGUCCAAUUUUCACUAAAAUAGGAAGAAAUCAAAGAUGAGCAGACCCUAAGGACUGAUCGAUGGAGGAACCAGAAAGCGUGAAGCAGGCAUGGAGGAAGAUGGAGGGAGUAUGCAAGCAUCGGGUUCGAGGUUGCAGCAGGUAGAAGCGGCAAAAACAAAGGUGGCUUGACACGAGGAGCUACAAGAGCAGAAGGCUCGAAAGUUGAAAAAAGAAGAGGUCAAGAGAGAAGGAUUGAGAUAGCAGACAUCGAGGCGUACAUAGACAAAGAAAGUAAGCGGGGUUUGUAAGAGAUCAGAAAAAAAGGAUGGAAAGCUAGAUUUAAUCCUGCUCUAGCCAGUGACAUUUUCUAUAUAUGUUUAUAACAAGAAUGUGCAAGGUUGAGUCAUUUUUUACUCUGGUUUUGGGCUCAAAUGAGUUUGCUGCAAAUAAUUGCUCAUAAAUAAGGACCUAUCUGCUUAACUUAAAGCGCUUUUUAGUGCCUAAACACAUUUCCCCUUGUAAUUCUGAAUAGCCACUAUAACCAAUAUACAAAUAUGAAGCCGUCCCUGAAGCCCAUUUCUCCCUUCAGGCUCUCCUCCCUCCUCCGCAGUGAGAAGGACCCUGCCGUUGCCCUUAAACUUUUCCAAAACCCAAAUGCUGAGGAUCUGAAACCCAAGAAACCUUUCCGCCACUCCCUCCUCUCUUACGACAUCAUUAUCACCAAGCUUGGCCGUGCCAAAAUGUUCGAUGAAUUGGACCAAAUUCUCCACCAGCUCAGGCUUGAUAUUCGUCUUAUGCCGCAAGAGAUCCUAUUCUGUAAUGUAAUCAAUUACUAUGGACGUGCCUGCUUACCUGAGCGGGCGCUCCAGAUGUUUGAUGAAAUACCCUCGUUUCGAUGCCAAAGGACCAUGAAAUCUGUGAACUCAUUGCUGAAUGCGCUUUUGAAGUCUGGGGAGUUUGAAAAGAUGAGUGCAGUUUUCAUGGGCAUAGAGAAGUUUGGGAAGCCAGAUGCAUGUACAUAUAAUAUAAUGAUUAAUCAGUGUGGUGUGAGUGGGUGUUUUGAUGAAGCAAGGAACGUGUUUGAUGAAAUGCACAGGAAGGGUGUGAGGCCUGAUGGUGUAACGUUGGGGACAUUGAUUUAUGGACUGUGUAUGGAAUUCAAGGUGAAGGAAGCCUUUAAGUUAAAGGAUGAUAUGUUGAAACUAUAUGGAAUUCCACCUAAUGUCUAUGUGUAUACAUCCUUGAUUAAAGGGCUUUGUGAAAUUGGUCAAUUGAGCAUGGCGUUUCGACUUAAGGAAGAAAUUUUGAAAAACAGGGUAAAAUUGGAUUCAGCUGUUUAUUCUACGUUAAUUAAUGCACUUUUCAAGGCUGGGCGGAAGGAUGAUGUUUCUGGGGUUCUUGAGGAAAUGAGAGAGAUUGGUUGCAAGCCUGAUAAUGUAACUUACAAUGUGAUGAUUAAUGGGUAUUGGAAGGAAAAGGAUUUUGAAGCUGCUUAUAAACUCUUGGAUGAAAUGGUAGAGAAGGGGUGUAAACCGGAUGUUAUCAGUUAUAAUGUGAUACUAAGGGGUUUGUGCAUGGAAGGGAAAUGGAAAGAGGCUUGUGAUUUGUUUGAAGAUAUGCCAAAGAGGGGCUGCUCUCCCGAUGUUGUGUCCUAUAGGAUACUAUUUGACGGGCUUUGUAAUGUUAUGCAGUUUAAGGAAGCAGUUUUUAUUUUAGAUGAGAUGAUAUUCAAGGGUUACAUGCCUCGCCAUGAUGCUAUACAUAAAUUAGUUCAUAGAUUGAGUCAGAACGGGAAUUUGGAGUUAUUGACAUCUGCUAUGAGCAGUUUGGGAAAAAGAAAUGCAAUUAGUUCAGACUUGUGGGAGAUGGCCAUAUCCAUGGUGUGUAAGGAGGAUAAUAUUUCAUGUUUCUUUGAUCUUGUUAAUACAUUCAGGAGUUUAUAAGUUGAGGUUACAGAUGUUAUCAAAGUUGGUUCUGUUUCCUCAUUCAGGUGAUUUUGCGCUUGUCUUAGGAAUGCAUCUUUAUUCCCUUUCUAAUAUUCAAGAUAUUAAAUAGUGGGCUUAAACUCGUGAGCUGCUACUUAUUCUCCAAGUUUGGAUUUCGAUGGAAUUGAUUGGAAGAUAUAUUAAUUUGGAAUGGACCUAAUUACUUUAUAGUAUGUCAGGGAGAACAUUCAGGUUUUUCUGCAGCUUUUUGGUUGAUAAAGACAGCAGGAAUAUUGCUUGUGAGUUGAAAUUUGGAAGCACUACUUUUUCUUUGAUUGAUUGAGUAAUACUUAUGGACCAGAAUAUUCGGUGAUUGAUUGAAUAAUACUUAUGGACCAGAAAAUAUGGUCUGCGGUGUUCAACAGUUUCUGCAGAUUUGUUUUCUUAAUUUGAAGUGCUGCUGAUCGUUCCCAACUUUCAGAUACUGUAUUUCCUUUACGUCAGCCUAAAGAAGAUAUGUUUUUCUCACUCCUUUUCGGCUGAAGUAUUGUGAAGAAAGAUUUCGUAUCAAACAUCAAACAAAAGUAAAUACAAGGAAGACAUCAAGCCCUGGAAGACAACAAACAGACAGCAGAACCAAGUGCAUGCAUAGAGAUAGAAGUUUUAAAGCCUGGAAAAACACCAUAAAAGAAGGAAAAAAAAAAGAAAGAAAUCUAAAGGAGGCAUGGCAUGUAGAGAGAGGCAUGUGCCAUCUAGUUAUUGACAACAACUGUAACCAUGAAACCAAGGAGUGCUCCGAGCAGCAUUGAUGGAUAGACCAGGCUACUGCCCAGAUUCGACAUCGGUGUCGGACCCAUAUGCAUGCCAGGCAUGUCCUUGGGCAUGUUAUCGUCAUAACCACCACCAUCACUAUAUUGUGCAGCAACAGCAAUGAUCAUCAUGCCAAGACAAGCAGCCAUUGUAGUUGACUUGAGCCAGGAACCCAUGUUUGCAACUUUUAAAGGGACGUGUUUGUUAAUCUGACAAUCAGUUGAGACAAGAUAUGUAGCGGCUUUGUGCCAGUUAAGUUCGUUACGGCCAAGAACUUAUGUAAAUAAUGAAAUCUUUUACAAGGAAUAUGAUCGUUGAAAACUAUUAUGAGCUAUUUUUCCUUUGUUUUCGUCGAGGAUUGAGGUGUCAUUAUUGUGACUGUAUAUCAUUAGCUAUAUGUUUUAUACAUGUCUCAGCCGGCCUUGUGGCUAGAACAAAGCAAAUUAGUUUUAUACAUGUCAUGGACGCCACUCAUUUUGGAAAGACAUUUCAUCAUUCAGACAUUAGAAUCCAGUUUUAUUCAUUUUC